AAGCAGUGGCGAAGGCAAACUCCUCUCCUUCCAAACCUCACAGAUCUGGGCAGCCCUGCCAACAACGGCGCUUCCCGGCAAGUCCAGCUUUUUUCCUGCCAGCAGCAGGAAUAGAUGCGAAGACACAGGCAAGCUCCUUUCCUUCGGAGGCUGCCGCAGGAACCGUUGUGGAGGCACGCUCUUCUCCGUCAGUGGCUACAGCAGGAAAAGUUGUGGAGGCAGCCCUGCCAACGACGGUGUUUCCUCCUACCUGGGCAAGGUAAGCCCGUCUUUUGGUCCCGACGACUGGGCCGGCCAGCUCUGGUACGGUUCUUUGGUUCAGGUUAGCCCGUCUUCUUUCCCCGGCAACGACCGCGUUUGCCAUCUCUCGUGGUUCUUUGGUUCAGGCUUUGGCAUCUCCAAAGAAGCGAGUUCUGCGGCCGCAGCGAGUUACGCUUGCUGGAGUGGUUG